CCACUGGACCACACCGGCCAGGGCUGCCUCUCUUUAUCUUAAGAAGAGACAACACUCUCUCCAAGUCCGCCAUGGCCUCGCACUGCUUCUCUGGGUCUCUUACUAAUGCCCUUUGCGUACCUCUUGGUCUUUGUGGCCCGGGUUAGGGCCCGUCCCUUUAUCUGCCUCUAAAAACCUCCCUCCAGGGCCCUCCUCUCUCAUAAGUCCCAUGGCUGGACCGGCCCCUGUGCCCUCAACAAACAUGGCGCCUGGUCCCUGGCGGUGGAGUCGUGACAAGCGGCCGGGUGCGCGCGUGCCCUCAACUACAAUGGCAGCGGGUCUCGCGAGCGCUCCGCCUCUCGUCGCUGGGCCCGCCCCCCGCGCUCCCUCAUUGGUCCGUCUCAGGCCAGCCGCACGGCCAUUGGCUGAGUGGAACCACACUCCCCGCCCUCCCCUCACACACCCCAGGGUCAGAUGGGGGCGGUGGGUGCUGACUGGAGGGGCAGCUUGGAGGAGGACCAGGCUUGGGAGGAGGCUGUGGGGGUCCCGGCAGGGUCCCGAGUCUGGGGGACCGCGGGACCAAGAGGAACGGAGAGACGCAGGCCCGGGACUGGGGUACCAGGGCUGUGGGAUGGAGAUGGAGAAGCAGAACCGGGGCUGAAGGAUCCAGGAAUGGAAACCCAGACGCCAGAGCCGGAGCUGAGCUGGAGUUGGGGCCCCAGGCUUAGGACUGUCCAGGACAGGGCCGGAGCCAUGGCCCCACCGCCGCUGUCACCCCUGGCCACCAGCACUCCGCUCCUGCAUGGCGAGUUUGGCUCCUACCCAGCCCGAGGCCCACGCUUCGCCCUCACUCUCACAUCACAGGCUCUGCACAUCCAGCGGCUGCGCCCAAAGCCUGAGGCCAGGCCCCGGGGCGGCUUGGUCCUGCUGGCCGAGGUCUCGGGCUGUUGCACCCUGCGCAGCCGCAGCCCCUCUGACCCGGCGGCCUACCUCUGCAUCUACACGUAUCCUCGGGGCCGGCGUGGGGGCCGGCGCAGGGCCACGCGUACCUUUGGGGCUGACGGGGCGGCCACCUAUGAAGAGAACCGGGCCGAGGUCCAGCGCUGGGCCACCGUCCUCACGUGUCUGCUCCGUGGACUGCAGCUGCCUGGGAACGGGGAAAUCACCUCCCAUCUUCUGCCAAGGCCACCCCGAUUGCUUCUAUUGGUCAAUCCCUUUGGUGGGAGGGGCCUGGCCUGGCAGUUGUGUAAGAACCACGUGCUGCCCAUGAUCUCCGAAGCUGGGCUGUCCUUCAACCUCAUCCAGACAGAACGGCAGAACCAUGCUCGGGAGCUGGUCCAGGGACUGAGCCUGAGCGAGUGGGACGGCAUCGUCACAGUGUCGGGAGAUGGGCUGCUGUAUGAGGUGCUGAAUGGACUCCUCGAUCGCCCUGACUGGGAAGAGGCUAUGAAGACGCCCGUGGGCAUCCUCCCUUGUGGCUCUGGCAAUGCCCUGGCUGGAGCCGUGAACCAGCAUGGGGGGUUUGAGCAGGCCCUGGGCAUUGACCUGCUGCUCAAUUGCUCUCUGCUGCUCUGCCGGGGUGGCUGCCGCCCGCUGGACCUCCUCUCUGUGACCCUGGCCUCGGGCUCCCGCUGUUUCUCCUUCCUGUCUGUGGCCUGGGGCUUCGUGUCAGACGUGGACAUCCAGAGUGAGCGCUUCAGGGCCUUGGGCAGUGCCCGCUUCACACUGGGCACGGUGCUGGGCCUUGCCGCGCUGCACACCUACCGUGGACGCAUCUCCUACCUACCUGCCGCCGUGGAGCCUGCCUCACCCGCCCCCGCCCAUGGCCUGCCCCGUGCCAAGUCAGAGCUGACCCUGGCCCCCGUCCCAGCUCAAACCGUGGCCCACUCACCCCUUCAUCGCUCUGUGUCUGACCUGCCCCUGUCACUGCCUCAGCCUGCCCUGACCUCCCCUGACUCACCGGAACCACUCCCCGUCCUGUCACUCAAUGGUGGAGGCCCCGAGCUGGCCAGGGACUGGGGCGGGGCUGGGGAUCCUCCACUGUCCCCAGACCCACUGCUGCCCUCGCCCCCCAGCUCCCCCAGAUCAGCUCUACUCUCACCCAUCAUCGAGGGGGCACCCGAAAUGCCAGCACCCUCUGGGCUACUGCCUCCCACCCCUGAUGGUGACCCGGUAGCCAUCUCUACUGGAGGCCCACCAGACCACCUCCUUCCUCCCCUGGGCACCCCACUGCCCCCAGGUUGGGUGACGCUGGAGGGGGACUUUGUGCUCAUGCUGGCCAUCUCCCCCAGCCACCUGGGGGCUGACCUCGUGGCCGUCCCCCACGCGCGCUUUGAUGACGGCCUGGUGCACCUGUGCUGGGUGCGCGGCGACUUCAGCCUGGGCUGCCCGCAGCUGGGCUAUGCCGCAGCUCGUGCCUUUCGCCUCGAGCCGCUCACUCCUCGCGGGGUGCUCACGGUGGAUGGGGAGCAGGUGGAGUACGGGCCCCUGCAGGCUCAGGUGCAUCCGGGCCUAGGUACGCUACUCACUGGGCCUCCAGGCCGCCCUGGGCGAGAGCCCUGAACCUCGAAACUUGGAGCCUGCUGAUGGGCGGGGCCUACAUUCCAAGGGGGCGGAGCCUUCGCUCGGGGCGGGGCCUGGCUGCUAGUUAGGUCGGAGGCCCCACGUGCAGGGGAGCCCCUGUCUCAGGACUGUGCCCGCCUCCCGGGGACCAGUGGUGAUGCUAGAGGGUGGCCCCAAUGCCAGGGGGUGAGGGCCAUUAGGGCCACAGGGAAGUGGGCCCGCCCGGGAGGGUAGUGCCUGACCAAUGAGGGCGCAGCUCAGUCCAGACCCUCGCUUCCAGCUGCUGGAAGACCAGGUCGGCUGGGGGCGGGCCUCUCGUACCGCGUCCGGGCUGGCCAGCCAGGGCCCGGUCUCGCCCUGUCCACUCCGGUGCCUCCAUUGAACUGGCCAGGAGGGGCGGGUUCCCCUGGGCCAACGCUCACAUUUGCACUAAGGUUCCGCCCCGUCCGCGCGGGCGGGAAGUUCAUUUCCCGUUUUCUGUCUCCUGUGCGUCUCCAGACCCCAAACUUCAAAGCAAUUGAAAAGGUCUAUGCAAUAAAGGCAGUCGCUACAUCCUCA